GCAUUGCGCCACCCGUCCGCAUCGAGUCCUCGGCGUCCUCUGUCACCGAGGGACAGACCCUGGACCUUAACUGCGUGGUGGCCGGCCAAGACCAGGCCACGGUGACAUGGUACAAGCGUGGUGGCUCCCUGCCGGCCAAGCACCAGGCCUGCAGAGCCCCAUCAUCUCCAUCGACCCGCACAGCAUGGCCGUGGCCCAGGGCGAGGACGCGACCUUCAAGUGCCGCAUCCACGAUGGCGCCCGGCCCAUCAACGUCACCUGGCGCAUGGGGCCUGGCCAGCACCUCCAAGACAACGUCAAAAUCAGCCCCAAUGGCUCGGUGAUCUCCAUCACCGGUGCCCAUGCCGGCAACCAGGGCGCCUACCAUUGCGUGGCCUCCAACCGCUUCGGCAUCGCCAGCAGCGUGGUCAACCUCCUGGUGCAAGGUAUCCCCACAGUCUCGGUGAUGCCGCCAGGUCCCGUGACGGUGAAGGAGGGCAAGUCCAUCAGCCUGGAGUGCCUGGGCCGGGGCGAGCCACGGCCGCUGGUGCGCUGGAGCCGGUUGGGCUCACGGCAGAAGGUGGAGCACCAAACGCUGCUGCACAUGGAGAGCCAGGCCGUGCUGCAGCUCACGCCGGCGAAAGCCGAGCAUGCCGGCACCUACGUGUCAUCCCUCCUUCCAUCCAUUCCUCCAUCCCUCCUUCCAUCCAUCCCUCCAUCCCUCUUUCUAUUUGUUCUUCCAUGCUUCCUUCCAUCCAUCCCUCCUUUCAUCUACCCUCACUACUUUGUCCCUUGA